AUGCACUGCCGACUGGUUCCUGGAAAACCCCUCUUGAGGAACAGGCGGAACCUCAUGUGUGACAACAUCGGCCCUUGUGGAGAUACAGUCUUCAAUCAAAUUAAGUGCCAAGUGACACGUCUCAAUUUGUCAGCCCCGGGUCUCUUUGAUGCCUAUCUGGAGAGCCAAGGCUCGCCCUUCAACAGAGCGGAGGUGAAAUCGCUUUGCGUCUCCAAAGACACUUUCCCCUCCUUCGACAACCGGACCAGGAAAGAGAUGCUGAUCUCGCUGUACAAGAUCUUCACCUUUUUCAACGCCUCUCUGGGCAACAUCACCAGAGACCAGGAGAACAACGACAGGAAGGACCUGCUGGAACGGCUCAACAACACCACCGCCAAAACGCAAGGCCUCCUAGCCAACCUCACCUGCCUGUUGUGCUCCGAGUACAAAGUCACCGACGUGAAGGUUACCUACGGCUCGGAGGAAACGGGCACGUUUGAGAAGAAGAAGCAGGGCUGCUGGGCCCUCAGGAUGUACACAGAGACCAUCCCCCUCAUCGCUCAGGCGUUGGGGAAAUGCCAUAGGCUGAGAUGAACUUACGCGUCAGACCAUGCUAACUCUUUGCCUGCAACGUCAACCCAACAUGUUUUGGGAUGACAUCAUGCAGUAA